AUGGAGAGCUUCCACACAAGGUUCAGUGCCUGGACACCUUUUAGCAACAAGUCAUUAAAUUGACAGCUCUUUCAGGAAAGAGUUGCUCUUAUAAGGCAUUGAUUUGACCUCUGGACUAACAAGCAACAUCAAGAAUUCUUAUUCAUGAUUUUUUUUUUUUUACGAUGCACUAAAUUACAGUUAAGGGUUGUCCAAGACUGGUUUUCAGAAAGGAUGCAAGUAGCCAAAGUGGAUUUUCUACCACGCUUCAUUUCUCUAUAUAUCUUUUCCUUUCCAAAAGAUUCGUGUGCAGCUGGACAAGUCAGCUGGCACUGGAAAAUUUUAACUGAACAGGAUUGCUUAUGGAUGCCCAAAUGCAUGAAGUUUGGAUGGUUUCUGCCCUAUACGCCAACAGAUAAUGAGUAUGGUGCUUGGAAGCACCAUUACAGCUGUGUGUCCAACUUAGAUUGGCUAACCCCUAGGGAAGCCGCAGCUCUUUAUGGGACCCUGACUGAACCCAAAACAGAAGAUGAGCAACUACAGGAGAGGCAAAGAAAAAAGUGCCUAAGGAAAAUACUUUGGGAGAAAAUUGCACUACGUAAGAAGGAUUUGUUCAAAGUUCGACCCCCUUGGGUGAAUGGAACAUGCUGCUCUAGAUUGGUCAAAUCCAAAUGCCAACCACAUCUCUCCCAAACUGAGAGGGAUCGAGUGGGAUUACAGGAAACUUUGGAGAAACAGCUUGUUUUGGCAUCUUUAGAAGCUUUGCCCAAGUGAAGCAAUGUUUCUGGAUGCCAUUCCUACCCUUUAUUAUCAAAGAAAAAUUGGCAUGGAGUUUAUAAAAAUGACAGCAGCUCUUAUGCUCUCCAGCCACACUUCAUAUUAGUAUCAUCUCGGAUUCCUGCAUAUGAGGUACAGAGCUAUAAAAUUGGUAUUAAAAAUUUACUGAGGCCUGAAGUGAGAGACUUCUGGGAGAAAUUAGGAAGCUAUGUGGCCCCUGGAGAAGAAGGGGGUCACGUGGACCUCUUUGUACGACUCGGAGCAAUCAGGUCAGUUUUGAGAGGUAGUGAGGCAGGAACAGAAGUUCUUUCUCAGCUGUCUCAACUGACUGGCACGUUAUUGACCGCCCCCACUGGGAUUGCCACCGGCUCGUACCAACACAUUCUUAGUGACUGGCUGGGACGACAGUGGGAAAGGGCGCCCCCUUCCACCUACUUCAGCGAAUCAAAGCUGCAGCCGUGGUCCAGCCUCACCGACUUCCUGGAAGACACCUUGAAAUCAGUAAGGCAACAGCUAAGUCCUCUCUUCAAGGAGUUGCAGAAGAACAUAAGUGGCAGGAUGACAGGGCAAUUUGUAUCUGACACAAUGAGUAUGGCUAACAUUCUGAAUAACCAAGAAAUUAUACAAGCUCUGGCAGAGGGAUUGAUAGAACUUUCAAAAGAAAAUUCUGAAAGAAAUGUUAUAGAAGAUAAUCCUAGGGACACAAAAUCAAGUCUCAGCAAAAACGGUCCAAAUUUUGAGUUACUGGUUGAGUUGUGGUUUCUAGAUGACUUGAGAGACAGACUACAGGAAUGGGGCCCAGCUCACUGCGUGGGAGAAAUAUUCAUAAAGUUUGGAAGCCUGUUGAACAUAUACACCAAUUUCUUCAACAAUUACCCUGUUAUUCCGAAAACUAUGGAGAAGAUGAAGCAGAACAUCAAUAUGAAAGAUCAGCUGUCAGACAUAGAGAGAAUCAUCUGUGGGUGCCCGACUCUAUCAGAAGUAAACAGAUAUCUGAUUAGGGUCCAAGAUGUAGCCCAACUUCACUGCUGUGAUGAGGAACUAAGUUUCUCUUUAAGGCUCUACGAACAUACCUGUGAUCUCAGUCUUUUCCUCUUCAACGAUGCACUGCUUGUUUCUAGUGGGGGCACGUCUCAUACUCCAUUUGAAAGGACUUCAAAAUCAACCUACCAGUUCAUUGCAUCAGUGGCCCUUCACAGACUACUCAUAGAAGAUAUUCCAGAUUCCAAAUAUAUCAAGAACGCAUUUAUUCUUCAAGGUCCAAAACAUGAGUGGAUUUGUGCUGCAGAAGCUGAGGAUGAUAAAUUCCUGUGGUUGUCAGUACUCCAAAACGCCAUCGAAAGUAGUAUGGAAAAGUGA